CGACCAUCUGAAGCUAGGUUUUGAGAUCUCGAGCAGUUUCUUGGUCGGUGUUCGGCGCCUCUUCUUCACAUCUCUAACUAGGUCUUCUUCGAUAUUCGAUACAGCGGCGAGAGAUGGGCCACUCCAACGUUUGGAACUCCCAUCCGAAGAACUAUGGCCCGGGAUCACGGACUUGCCGUGUCUGCGGUAACUCGCAUGGCUUGAUCCGUAAAUACGGGCUCAUGUGUUGCAGGCAGUGCUUCCGUAACAACGCGAAGGAGAUUGGAUUCAUCAAGUACCGCUGAGAUUGAAUGGACUUCAGAGUCCCCCAGAUGGAAGCAGAAUGAUAUGAUGUUACAAGUGCACGGUUAGCUGAGAGUCAUGCAGUCUUCUUUCUUACCAAACUGUUCUUAUAAGUUUUGUUUAUUGAAACUAUAGACCUUUUUCUUCACUUGUUAUUGGCCUUUAAACUGCUGACAUUUGCCUGUCGACGACCCUUCCAUUCAGUUUCUAUUGUGAUUUUCGCCAAUUUAACUGUUGUUGUGUGCACGAUCUAUUAUUUUUAGAUGCAUUGGUAUAUUCUGUGGAAGAAAAAUUAGCUAGUACAAAUAGAAGUAUGAUUAUAUUA